UUUUUUUUUAGGGAGGACAGUUGUCAAUAAGUGUGCAUUGUUGUGUGGUGCGGUGCAGUCGGGGGCGGUUUUUGUAUUUUUAAAGUUAUUUCUCACGACGCUCUCCAGGACUAGACACAAGUAAAGUCUGGAGAGGGUCUGUGUUUAUCCGGGUCGAAGCAAGCAAGCAAGCAAGCAAGCAAGCAGUGUUGGAUUUAUUUAUUUGUUUCAGUUAUUUCCCGUUUUAAUAAACAAAGUAACGAAUGGGUAAGUGGUGUAUUAAAAGGUUUAGCUGUUCCAGGGGGUGUUAAGGCUGAGGGGGCACGAAGCCGGUUUCUUUUGGGCUCAGUGGGUUGAAACCUGGGUCAGGCUCCGCUUCUCUACCCAGGGUCGGGGGGGCCCAGUUACUGUGCCUUCAGUUUCUUUUGAAGGAAUUGGAACGGGAGUUUAUAUUUUGGAGACCCGAUAUCUUUCAUUUGAAACAAACACACGGGGACUUUUAAAGUAAUUUGUCGCAGAACACGGCAAAUUUGUAAUUGUGAUCGCAGAUGCGUUGGAACUUGGAAUUGAUUUAAAAGGGAUUUGGAAAUUGAUCUUAUUUUCAUCGUGUUUGACUCUUUCAACAGUCCUGUAUAUUAUAUAAAAGCAGCAGAAUACUUUUUGUCCUGCAGGAAAGAGAACUUCUCUCUCUCACUCAUAUAUUCUGUGUCUUAUAUCUAGAUUAUGUUUAUAUUGUUUUUUUGGCCUGAGCUGUGUAUACAUCUAAAACUGUAAAACAAUCAAACAUGCUAAUAUUUGAUAAAGAAAGUUUGUUCCCUUUUUAAAUAAGGAAAAAACACAAUGUGUGUGAGAGAGGAAGAACCACAUCUAACAGGAGUUCAAAUAGGAUUGUAAAUCUGGCUUGGAUUGUGUGUGUCAUUGAAAGCGUUGUGAUGGUUGAACCCCAGUCCACGCUCCCUGCUCUUCCCCCUGCUAGGUGUGUGUGGAUAUGAGAAUUCCAGGGACCACAGCAAGGAUAAGAAGCCCCGCCAGGACGCUGGUUCCCUGAGAUCAGUGGAGAUGAACUCCAUCUCCCCCAGCGCCGCGCAGUACCUGGGAGUGAGUCCCGAGGAGACGCUGCCCCCCCCGGGACGGAAGACUCGCUCUCACGCCCCCCGCGGUGACAGGAGUCAUUUCCUGAACGGCGAGGAGAGCGGUCCGUCCAGGGAACCGCCAGAUGAGGUGGACCGACUCAAAGCCAAGCUCAUGUCAGCCUGGAACAACGUCAAAUACGGCUGGACGGUGAAAACAAAGACGCAUUUCAGUAAAACCUCCCCCCUGAUCUUGCUGGGACGAAACUACGCUCUUCAAGAGGAAGAGGGUCUGGAGCGGUUCCGGAUGGACUUUGUGUCGCGGGUCUGGCUGACGUACCGUCGUGAGUUCCAGCAGCUGGAGGGCUCGGUGUGGACCACGGACUGUGGCUGGGGCUGCAUGCUGAGGAGCGGGCAGAUGCUGCUGGCUCAGGGUCUGCUGGUCCACCUCCUACCACCAGAGUGGAGCUGGCCGGAUGCCUUGCAGCUGACGGAUAUCGAAAUGGAACCUCUGAAACCACGCUCCCCCUCCCGGGCCAGACCACUGCCGGCUCUGCAGCAGGUCUUCACAAUACAGCCCGGUCCAAGGAGCAGGGAGAGGGAGGAGCCCUCCCGGGACCCCCACACAGAACAGCUGCACAGAAAGCUGGUGUCCUGGUUUGGGGAUCACCCCUCCGCCCCCUUCGGAGUGCACACGCUGGUGGAGUGUGGGAAGAGUUCUGGGAAGAAAGCGGGAGACUGGUAUGGCCCUUCCAUAGUGGCCCACAUCAUCCGGAAAGCCGUCGCGAAGGCCUCUGAGCUUCCCAAGCUCACUGUGUAUGUUGCUCAGGAUUGCACGGUGUAUAAGGGGGACGUGUUGAAGCUGUGCGAGCCUGCUGGAAGAGACGGCCUCUCGGGCCCCAGUACGGACUGGAAAUCCGUUAUCAUACUGGUCCCAGUGCGGCUGGGAGGAGAGACGCUCAAUCCCAUCUAUACAGAGUGUGUGAAGGACAUCCUCCGGUUAGACUGCUGUCUUGGGAUCAUCGGCGGCAAACCCAAGCACUCCCUCUACUUCGUGGGUUACCAGGAGGAUCACUUGCUGUAUUUGGACCCUCACUAUUGCCAGUCUGUGGUGGACGUCACAAAGGACAACUUUCCUCUAGAGUCAUUUCACUGUAACGCUCCUCGCAAGCUGCCUUUCAGUCGCAUGGAUCCCAGCUGCACGAUUGGCUUCUAUGCCAAAAGCAAGAAGGACUUCGAGUCCCUGUGCUGUAAAGUGAUGGGGGCUUUGACGUCCUCGUCUUCCAAAGAGAAGUACCCCGUCUUCACGUUCGCGGAGGGGCACGGGCAGGACUACGGUCUGGACGAGCUGAGCGCCCUGCCUGCCGCACACGCUGCCCUCACCCUGGCGCCGGGCAAGCUGGGCAAACCCAAGAGUGCCAGCGCAGACGACUUUGUAUUCCUCUGAGAAACCCCGGCGCCCAGAACACCGCUGACUCGCCCGACUGCAGCCCUUAAAAUUUAUUUAUUUUUAACAACAUUUUCUAUUAAAAAAAAAAAUAUAUAAUAUAUAUAUUUUUUACACUAACCGAAAGGACGUGCAAACAGGUUCUGUACGCCCCGCGGCAGUCAGAUGCCUGCGUGGAGUUUUUAUUGCGUUCGCUGCCCCCUGAGAGACGUGCGCAGCUCAUGAAGCAGGAUCUUCGUCUGGGAGACGCGCUGAAUGGUCAGCCUUUGUUCUUUUAAGUUUAGGCAUUGUCUUUUUUUUUUUCUUUUCGCAAGCAGUGGAGACCAUGAUAACCUGCCCCGUGUGUGUCUGUGUCUGGACGGCAGGUUUUCCACCGCUGGAGCUGAAUCCAGUGCAGUUGCCUGUGCAGGAGAAGGGCUCCUAGCUGUCUGGAUCUCUUCAGUGCAGGAGGGCUUUGUUUUGUAAAACCAGCGCAGUGUGCGAGACUGUCUCAGAUUUGUGUCUUUUAAAAUGUUUGCACCUGAUUUUUAUCAUUUCUCUGCCUUUGUCACCAGUGGCUGUCGUGCUUUUAUUAAAGUUUAUCGUGGUUUAA